AUUCAAGGAAGGAUGUUGAUGUGCCGAGUGGCUUUUGUCCUCUUCUCAGGAUCGGAACAGCAUCUGGAAGGCAAACAUGAUGCCGGAAGACCACACUGGACAACUGAGACUAACAAGCAAUAUUGAAAAGCAAAGCAGAUUGAGGCAGAAAUGAAAAUAUUCUCUAUUUCCAUCAGAAAAACCACAGAAUUCUCCUUCCAUAGCAGGUAAACAUGAUGCCGGAAGACCGCACUGGACGACUGAGACUAACAAGCAAUAUUGAAAAGCAAAGCAGAUUGAGGCAGAAAUAAAAAUAUUCUCCCUUUCCAUCAAUAAAACCACAGAAUUCACCUUCCACAAAAGGUGAGAAACAAAGGAAAGAAAAUCAAUAACAGAUUUCGAGUUGGAAAAAGUAGAGUAUGUGGAACUCAAGGGCACAAUACACUAAAAUGUCAAGAGACAUAUUUCCAUCGAGAAAGGUAUGCCUAUUAUGGAAAAAGCAGACUUCAAAUUGUAAGUGAUUACGCAGGGGAGAAUCUACUCUGAAGAAAAGCACAUACAAAUUAUCUGAACGUGGCAAAAGCGUUUGUCAGAACAGAUCCUUCUUGGCUCACAAAAGAAUCCACACAGAAGAGAUGCCCAAUGUGGCAAAACCUUUAGCGAAAAUGGCAAUUUGGUGAUACAUCUGAGGAUUCAAAGCAGGGAGAAGACGUAUGACUGUCCAGAUUGUGUGAAACAUUUCACUGGAUCUUCCCACCUCGUGAGACACCUGAAGACCCACACAGGAGAGAAACCCUUUGAAUGUCCUGUUUGAGGGAAAAGUUUCAAUCAGAAUUCUCACCUGGCGAAACACCAGAGGACUCACACAAGAGAUUAAUCCUUUCAGUGUCCUGUUUGGGGGAAAGGUUUCAGUCAGAAUUCUAACCAGAUGAACCAUCAGAAGACUCACACAGCAAAGAAAUCCUUUGAAUGUUCUGAGUGUGGAAAAAGUUUCAGUCGGAAUUUUGACCUCUUGAACCAUCAGAGGACUCACACAGGAGAAAAACCCUUUGAAUGUUCUGUUUGUGGGAAAAGUUUCAGUCGGAAUUCCAGUCUGCUGAAUCAUCAGAAGACUCACACAGGAGAGAAACCCUUUGAAUGUCCUCUUUGUGGGAAAAGUUUCAGUAAGAAUUCUGUCCUGGUGAAACACCAGAGGACUCACACAGGAGAGAAACCCUUUCAAUGUUCCUAUUGUGGGAAAAGUUUCAGUCAGAAUUAUGACCUGGUGAAACACCAGAGGACUCACACAGGAGAGAAACCCUUUAAAUGUCCUAUUUGUGGGAAAUGUUUCAGUCAGAAUUCUCACCUGGCAAAACACCAGAGGACUCACACAGGAGAGAAACCCUUUGAAUGUCCUGUUUGUGGAAAACGUUUCAGUCAGAAUUCUGACCUGGCGAAACACCAGAGGACUCACACAGGAGAGAAACCCUUUGAAUGUUCUGUUUGCGGGAAACGUUUCAGUCAGAAUUCUAACUUGAUGAACCAUCAGAAGACUCACACAGGAGAGAAACCCUUUGAAUGUACUUAUUGUGGGAAAAGUUUUAGUAAGAAUUCUGACCUCUUGAACCAUCAGAGGACUCACACAGGAGAGAAACCCUUUGAAUGUUCUGAUUGUGGGCAAAGUUUCAGUCGGAAUUCCAGUCUGCUGAAUCAUCAGAAGACUCACACAGGAGAGAAACCCUUUGAAUGUCCUGUUUGCGGGAAAAGUUUCAGUCAGAAUUGCAGCCUGGUGAACCAUCAGAGGACUCACACAGGAGAGAAACCCUUUGAAUGUCCUGUUUGCGGGAAAAGUUUCACUCAGAAUUGCAGCCUGGUGAACCAUCAGAGGACUCACACAGGAGAGAAACCUUUUCAAUGUUCUGAUUGUGGGAAAAGUUUCAGUCGGAAUUCCAUUCUGCUGAAUCAUCAGAACAUUCACAUAGCAGAGAAACCCUUUGAAUGUCCUAUUUGUGGGGAAAGUUUCAUUCAGAAUUCUCACCUGGCAAAACACCAGAGGACUCACACAGGAGAGAAACCCUUUGAAUGUUCUGAUUGUGGGAAAUGUUUCAGUUACAAUUCCAACUUGAAUUCGGACCUGGUGAAACACCAGAGGACUCACACAGGAGAGAAACCCUUUGAAUGUUCUGUUUGCGGGAAACGUUUCAAUCAGAAUUCUAACCUGGCAAAACACCAGAGGAUUCACACAGGAGAGAAACCCUCUGAAUGUCCUGUUUGUGGAAAACGUUUCAGUCAGAAUUCUGACCUGGCGAAACACCAGAGGACUCACACAGGAGAGAAACCCUUUGAAUGUUCUGUUUGCGGGAAACGUUUCAGUCAGAAUUCUAACCUGAUGAACCAUCAGAAGACUCACACAGGAGAGAAACCCUUUGAAUGUACUUAUUGUGGGAAAAGUUUCAGUAAGAAUUCUGACCUCUUGAACCAUCAGAGGACUCACACAGGAGAGAAACCCUUUGAAUGUUCUGAUUGUGGGCAAAAUUUCAGUCGGAAUUCCAGUCUGCUAAAUCAUCAGAAGACUCACACAGGAGAGAAACCCAUUCAAUGUUCUGAUUGUGGGAAAAGUUUCAGUCACAAUUAUUACCUGGUGAAACACCAGAGGACUCACACAGGAGAGAAACCCUUUGAAUGUCCUGUUUGCGGGAAAAGUUUCAGUCAGAAUUGCAGCCUGGUGAACCAUCAGAGGACUCACACAGGAGAGAAACCCUUUGAAUGUAAUGUUUGCGGGAAAAGUUUCACUCAGAAUUGCAGCCUGGUGAACCAUCAGAGGACUCACACAGGAGAGAAACCAUUUGAAUGUCCUGUUUGCGGAAAAAGUUUCAGGCAGAAUGGCGGCCUGAUGAUCCAUCAGAGGACUCACACAGGAGAGAAACCCUUUGAAUGUUCUGAUUGUGGGAAAUGUUUCAGUCAGAAUUCCAAUCUGCUGACUCAUCAGAGGAUUCACAUAGCAGAGAAACCCUUUGAAUGUCCUACUUGUGGGAAAAGUUUCCGUCACAAUUACAGCCUGGUAAGUCAUCAGAGAACUCACACAGGAGAGAAACCCUUUCACUGUCCUCAUUGUGAUAAAUGUUUCAGUUACUAUUCCAACUUGGUAACACAUCAGAGAAUUCACAGAUUUCCCGCUUUGCAUGUGUAGUUUAUGGGGAAAGUUUC